AUGACUAUUCCUCUUUACAGUGGCCAAGACACUUGUCGUGACCUUGCUUUUCUGCCUAGGGACCUUUUUUGGCUUAUCUUAGAAUUAUUAGAGCCCACGGACCUUGUACGCUGUCGCCGCGUCUCACGGGCGUGGAACGAGGCCUUUCGUAACCCGGAUAUCUUACUCCCUCUUUUCAAGAGACACUUUCCCUGGACACAAGAGGUCAAGGAUCUGCAAAAUGGCCCUCCUGAUGCAGAAAAUUUCGUUCAAAGUACCUUUGACCAAGUGGUCGCCCGAUAUGACCACCUAGAGCGAGGGAAACCCCGCUCCGUGCAGAAACACCGCCUUUGCAGUGACCUCGGGUCGUCUUGGGAGAGACAAUGGUUCCCAGUGCAGCCAUGGGAGUCGCACGCCAGUCACUAUCUGGGUGACGUCGACCGCCAGUUUUCAGAAUCAAUGUGGACCUACGAGGAUGGACUGGUAGUCUUCCCCCAAGCGAAGCACCGGUAUCUCGUGCUUUUAGACCUGAACAGCGACAGGCAGUUUCUUGUGCCAUUCAUCAUCGAAGGCAAAGUGAUUCGAAGAAUACGACUUCAGAAGCGCUUACUGGUCGUGGAAUGGGCCGAGCCCAAAGCCUUCCACUGGCUCAAUGAAAGCGAUGGCGUUCAUCGUCAUUUCGCUUCAUCCUUUGAUAUCACCCCGAGUGCUGGUAACGACGGUGGAUGGGAAAUCGUUCCGCGUAACGAGUGGAAAAUCAUGUUUCUAGGCCAUCCACUCAGUGAGCGGGAUCGGUUCUUCUCUGCACACAGCAAGACACACUAUGUCAUCUACAUUUGGCAACCGAACCGCAGUCUGUACACGGCAGAUGAGGAUGCGCCCAUCGAGUCCUUAUUCGUGUGGGAUAUCUCAAAGCAAUCUGACUAUCGCCCAUCUCUCGAUCCCACAGGGGCGCAGACAGGACCCGAGGUAGACCAGGCCCCGUCCAUUAUCGCUCGCUUCGGAUACCAAGAUCUUGAAUUCUUCGAUGUUCGACAGAGGGGCUUCCCAUGUAUACAACAGCUUGAAGUCUCUGAUGAUGGACAGACUGUGUUUAUCACCGAGAAUGCUCGUAUCUUCCCGGCCAACGAGCAGCCCCAAGCAUGGGGUGUGCCCCAGACCGUCACUGUCGGCAUUCCAGUCAAUGGGAUUGGUCCCUAUGCUCGGAUUUGUCCGAGGUACAUUCUGACAGCAUAUCGAAGCAACGACAAUUUCCAACAAAUGCCUCUCUUUGAGUGGGAGCAUCUGGUCGACUCCUGGAACAGCAUCAUCGCGCAGGUGACUGAUCGCGAAUCCGGCGUAAUCUUCCGUCUCCAUUUCGAGGAUAACGUGGAGACUGGAGAACUGGGCUCUAUACACUUGACGAUUGAAACAGAGAAGAUGCUGGCCACUAGGAAAGCACCAGAUCUAAGUGGACGAGCAAAGCUUUGUGGCUGUGACAAAUACAUCAUAGGAGAGACUCGGAACCGUGAUCUGGUCAUCUACCGAUUUGAUCGAUGA